UGGGUGGAAGGAGGAGGCGCAGAAAGAGGAACAGGGAUAACGGUGGCCUGACGCAGUUUGUCAGUGCCGCGUACACGGUGCCGUAUGGAUUAGAUAGGUAUUUAAAGUAAUGGUUAACUAUCCGGACUCUGUCCUCGUGUCUUCACGCGUACGGUGGCUGUGAGGCUACUGCACAGGCCGAUAAGAGGCGGGCCAAACCUUCCGCGCUGUAGGUGAGAGGAAAUCUGUUUAUUUUAUCAGUGAAUGGACUGGAAUGCAACGGCGUACGCACAGGACUACACUUCUGCUCAGUAUCUGAACAUGGUCUGAAUCCUAACAUCGGAAUUGUGUUUGUUUUACUGGCGUGAUGGCUAACGACAUUGGAGCGAGGUUUGUGCGGAUGUGUAACUACCUCCAAGACCCCAGCCUGGUGGCAAGGUUUCAGAGAAUAUGCGGCGUUAAAGGGACAUUUCCAGAGAGAGCCCCUGCAGAACAGAGCGCACCGGAGUUGGACCACAGAGGCCCGAGGAGGAGGGUCCCGGGCUCCGGGGUCGGUAACGGGGCCGCAGCGGGAGAUGCGCCCAACGGCAUGCAGGGUGACAGCAGCGCAGGGCCCGAGGGAACAGCGGGGGCCAGUGAGGACACUGUCAGAGCGAAGCCCCUGCGGAGGAAUUCACUGACUGGGGACGUGGGACAAGAGUUUCUCAUCCACAACAAGUUUUUGUUCUAUCUGUUCACGUUUGGGACAGAGCUCGGCAAUGAGAUGUUCUUCAUCAUCUUCUUCCCCUUCGUCCUGUGGAACGUGGACCCCCUGGUCAGCCGCAGGCUCAUCGUGGUGUGGGCCUGGAACCUGUUUGUGGGACAGUCCACUAAAGACAUGGUGCGCUGGUCCCGGCCUGCGUCUCCUCCUGUGGUGAAGGUGGAGGUCUUCUAUAACUCCGAGUAUAGUAUGCCCUCCACGCACGCCAUGACGGGCACUGCCAUCCCCUUCUGCCUGUUCAUGCUCACCUAUGGGCGGUGGGAGUACCCGUUUCUGUUUGGGCUCAGCGUGGCUCUCAGCUGGAGCAUCCUGGUCUGUGUAAGCCGAGUCUACAUGGGAAUGCACUCUGUCCUGGAGGUGAUCACUGGCUUCUUAUACACCCUCCUGAUUCUCGCCGUGCUCCAACCCUUCUUGGAGAGGAUUGACACGUUCUAUAUGAUGGGCAACUAUGCUCCUCUGGUUAUUUUGGUGUCCCAUGUGGGAUUCGGUCUGGUCGCCUUCUCUCUGGACUCCUGGAGCACAUCCCGGGGAGACACUGCACAGGGUUUGGGCACGGCAGCUGGGGUCGCUCUUGCCACUUAUCUAAACUACCAGCUUGGCUUAUUGGAAGAUUACCCACUAUCCUCUCUACCCCUCAUUUUACCACCCCUCAGCGCCGCACUGGUGGUCCGCUCCGUGCUGCGCUUUCUUGUUGGGGUGGCUGUGCUCCUUGUCACCAGGAUGGGAAUGAAGGCAGUAACCAUUCCCUUCCUCUGCCAGGUAUACGGACUGCCCUUAGAUGACGUACGGGGAGCACGGCAGCUCAUGAGGGUGGAACUGCCCUAUCGUUACAUAGUGUACAGUGUGGUGGGCUUCAGCUGUGUGACGGUGGUCCCUCUGCUCUUCAGCCUCCUGUAUCUAGGUUGAACCUGUCACGUCCUGCUGACCAUUUAACAGACACUGAAAGAACAGAGAGGACUGGCCUUAAUGCCAUAUGAAAUAACUAUAGAAAAGUCCAGUUUUACUCUAUAUCAUCUGUCUGUACGUUCUCUAUAUACUGAAGAGUUAAACACUAAUUUACAGACACAAAUACUAUAUAUGGCUGUUUUGGGAGAUGAUGUGUGCAAAUAAACAGAUGAGACCCUUCUA